AUGGCACAGGAUGCCUAUGUGCAGGGCUCAUGGGGCAGAGGCCCCGACUUUCCACAUGGUCCUGCACGCGCAAACCUCAUGGUGGAGCCUAUGCAGACAGUGUUCACGAAAAAGGUGAACUGGGAGGUGCGGUCCCGUGCAGGGGCGCCGCAGGCCAUUGAGCGCUGGGCCGCAAGCGUGCCUUCGCGGCGGGUGCCGUUUGCAACGCUGGGCCACCGUGUCACCGGGGAGUUUGCUCUCCCCUCUUUACAAGCCGAGACGAGGUCGCACCUCGUGCGGGCUGCCUCGGCUCCGCAGCUCGACCUAAGUCUCAUCAUGCGAGAGCGGCGGCAGGCACACACAAGGCAGCGAGCGGAGCAAGCUCUUCAUGUCUACAAAAUCUCCAGUUUGUCAGCAUCGGCUGAAGGAUGUGCGGAGCCAUAG